AGUCGCCAUGGCUCCUGUGAAGAAGACCGUAACCAAGGGUAGCAAGAAAAAGAAGCAACUGCUUAAAUUCACCUUGGAUUGUACUCAUCCAGUGGAAGAUGGCAUCAUGGAUGCUGCUAAUUUCGAGCAGUUUUUGCACGACCGUAUCAAAGUGAAUGGCAAGGUCGGCAACUUGGGAGGAGGAGUAGUCUCUAUUGAGCGAAGCAAGAGUAAAAUCACUGUGUCUUCAGAGGUUCCAUUUUCAAAGAGGUAUCUUAAGUACCUUACUAAGAAAUAUCUGAAGAAAAACAACCUUCGUGAUUGGCUUCGUGUGGUUGCAAACAGCAAGGAAAGCUACGAGCUCAGAUACUUCCAGAUCAACCAGGAUGAAGAGGAGGAAGAAGAUGAAGAUUAAACUGGGAUCUGGAUGGCUGUUUUUGUAAAGAAAAUAAAAUAUUCACAUACUUUA